AUGCAAUACACACCCUUUGCUUCCGAUAUUGAACUGCCCUUCUAUACUUCACUGGCUUCCCAUAAGAUCAACCAUGACAAACUAGACGACUCUGCCCGAGCGGUCCUGGGCCUUUAUGAGAUUCGCCCCUCGGAUUCCGAGGCUGCAUCAUGUCGGAUCCAAAUCCAUGGGAACGCUCUCACCGGUGGCGAUGCACCCACCGGAUACUACAGAGCUGAGGGCAUGAUAAAAAAUGUGAAUACCAUUGAAGAAUAUCGCAGCAUGGACAGAGCCCAAAUCCUGCAUCGAGCUGGACAAAUGAUAUGGGAUGCAAUCCACGAUGGGUCGAUAUUCUCAUGCCCCUCCUUGCUCUCCAGUUUUUUUAUUGUAUCCUUUGCCGACCUCAAAAAAUACAAGUUCCAUUAUUGGUUUGCUUUCCCGGCAAUUCAUUCGGACCUUCAAUGGGUUGCCGUGCAACCAACCGAUCAAGUAUCUUACUCCCAUCAAAGUCAAGACUUCGAUCCCCUCAAGGGAACGCAUUUAUCCCCACGAGAGAGCACUGAACUAGUGGAUGCGGUGCAGACGUGGUCAUAUCUCGUGGAUCCUCGACAACGUGGCUUUUUCUUAGCUCGUAGAGCAAAACAUACUUUCAGCAACACAUCUCCACGCGAUUCUCAGACCAAGGGCGCUCAAAACGAUAGAUCGGAUAGCAACUGGCAGAUAGCGCCGCUCUCCGAAUACGAGAAUGGGUUCUUCGACAACGUUGCCGCUGAAGACCGCUAUAUCUGUUUCUCUGAUCCAUCAAAUUAUGAACAGAACCCUGGGUGGAUGCUAAGAAACCUGCUCAUUCUGAUUAAACAGCGAUGGAAUCUUGAGCGAGUGCAGAUUUUACGCUAUCGUGAUGUGCCUGCGAAACGUGAUCAGGGUCGGAGUACAGUUAUUCGACUGGAAUCGAUUCCAAGACAAGGAUCCCGGGGCCCGAUGUCAUUGCAAAAUAAAGAGACGUUGCCUCUGCCAAAGGUGACUGGCUGGGAACGUAAUCCGACUGGAAAAUUGUCAGGAAGAAUUGUCAACCUCACCGAGUAUAUGGAUCCCAAGAGAUUGGCAGAUCAGUCAGUUGAUCUCAAUCUCAAACUCAUAAAAUGGCGGAUCAGCCCAAUGCUCGAUCUUGAGAAAAUCAAGCACACCAAAUGUCUCUUGUUAGGAGCUGGUACAUUGGGUAGCUAUGUUUCCCGGAAUCUGUUGGGCUGGGGCGUGAAGAAAAUUACAUUUAUCGACAAUGGAACCGUUUCAUUUUCUAAUCCAGUUAGGCAGCCACUUUUCAAUUUCGAAGACUGUUUGAACGGCGGCUCUCAAAAGGCACAUCGAGCAUCCGAGGCACUGGCUCAAAUUUACCCGGGUGUAGAGACAUCGGGUCAUGCGCUGUCAGUGCCUAUGGCAGGUCAUCCCAUUGUGGACGAAGGUAUGACCAAGGCAGACUUCGAUACUCUCAGCGCCUUGAUUGAUGAACAUGACGCUAUCUUUCUGCUUAUGGAUACCCGAGAAUCACGAUGGCUGCCUACAGUGAUGGGGAAAGCAGCAGGGAAAAUUGUGAUGAACGCAGCCUUAGGUUUUGAUUCAUUCGUGGUGAUGCGACAUGGUAUCACGGAUUCUGAGCUUGGAUGCUAUUUCUGCAACGAUGUUGUAGCGCCGGCUAAUUCUAUGAAGGACCAGACUCUCGACCAGCAAUGUACAGUGACACGCCCUGGAGUGGCCCCUAUAGCCUCUGCACUUUUGGUUGAGCUCUUUGUAUCGCUUCUCCAACACUCGCACGGCGCUGCCGCACCGGCCCCUAUGUCCCGCGAUAUCGAUCGUGAUGACCAUCCCCUGGGUGUUGUUCCUCAUCAAAUUCGUGGGUUUCUCUCCACAUUCGAAAACUUAUCUGUAACUGGCAAAAGUUACCCGAGCUGCAGUGCAUGCUCGGAAAAGGUUGUCAGUGCAUACCGCGAGCAGGGUUGGGACUUCGUGCGAAAAGCCUUGAAUGAACGGGGCUAUGUGGAAGAGUUAAGUGGACUAAGAGAGGUCAGUACAAUGUCUACAAAAAAACCCACUCCGAAACUGACACAUAGCAAGGUUCACGAGAAGGCAGAAGCUGCACUAGCUGAUAUUGAGUGGGAUGUGGCAUCUGACAAUGAAGAGAUCGAGAUCCUUUAG